UCUGGCCUACUUUAUUGGCUUUCAGCUAAAAGCUUUUUGUUGCAGUGGAGAGCUGUUAGACUGUUACCAAGGAAACUUGACAUCAUAGUGACGAACUUCCCCACUUAAAAGCUUUUAACCGGAUCUCUGAACCACAGAGCUAGGCCCCAACUCCAGGCCUCUUAACUAAAACUGUCUGGGAAAGACUUUGGAGCUGUAGUGUUAUAACAAAGCCCUGCUGUCUGGAAGUCUUGGAGGCCUGCUCUUUGUGCAGGUCUUAAAAAAAAAAAAAAUGCAGUAGCUUAUUUUUUGUUUGCGUGUAGAUUUAUCUUGAAAGAUUUUGCUUUCUGUAAAAUGGCUGAUGAAGCUAAUUUCUGUUAUGAAAUUUUACCUCAGAAUGAAAAACACAGAAGGGCCAGGAACUGGACAGAUGCUGAAAUGAGGGGUUUGGUGUAUGUCUGGGACGAAUUUGUUACUGAACUGAAAAAAGCAAAAAGAAAUGCUAAAAUAUAUGAAAAAAUGUCUAAAAGAUUUUUUGAACUUACUGGUGAACACCGUCACAGAGAGGAAAUUAAGAUGAAAAUUACCAACAUGACCUUCCAGUACAGGAAAAUGAAAUGCACAAGUGAUGGAAAGUCGACUCCUUCUGAUUGGCCAUAUUUCAACUCCAUUGAUAAUAUACUUGCCAAGGGUUCAGAUCCCACCAACAUGAACAAGUAUGAUAUAGUGCACUGUGGACCUUCAGCCUCCCAUACAGAUGCAUCCCCAUCACUGCCUACCAAUUCUCCGCCGCCCCACUUGCCUGAAUACACAGGGUCCUCUGAAGAAAUAGAAAAAUACGAUGAGGAAGUGGGUUCACAGAGUUCAAUCAGCGCUGUGUCUCUGGAGACAAGAUCAGGUCCACUCAAACGAAGGAAAAGGGUCUCCUCCAAUCUGAAAAAAAAGAAGCUGAAGGUGAUGGAAGCCAUGCUGGUUGAGCAGAAGAAGAUGAGCAGGGCUGUGGAGGAGACCUGCAGAGAGGUGCGCAGAGUCAUGCACCAGCAGAACUUCCUCCAAGUACAGAGUCUGCAGCUCCAAGAGCGCAUGAUGAACCUGCUAGAGAAAAUGAUCUCCCCGACUACUCCCCAGAGCUAGCCUCCAACCUCAUUGUCAAACAGAUUUAAUCAAGUGGACACAUCUGCAUCGAUUGUGAGGACUACUUCACUAUGCUCACAGAAUCCAUGUUUGUGGAAGUUUCUCAUUUGUUAGAAAUGACAGAUUCAAUUUUAUCACCAAGAUCUUUGGAAAAAGGGCUGUGAUGAUAAAGGUGUUUUUAAUGCUGUACUGGUUUGAAAUGUGUAAUGCUUUUGUUGGCAAGUUGUGACAUGGCUGAAAGCUAUUGCAGAAGCAGACAAUAAAAUAAUUGAUAUUUCCCCAGUAUGAUGACUUUCUGAGGACCUAGUAUUGCUGUGGAUUCCUGUGUUCCCACUCAUGGGCUCCUGAUCCACAGUCAGCAAGUUGCUGAGCAUUCCUGCGAGACUUUGAGCAUACCCUAGGUUUGUCUACUUGGUAUAACAAGUAUAGUAAGCAUGAAGAAAUGACAGGGCCAUCCUUAUCAAAUUGUUGGUUUGCUGUAACCCGAUUUCUAAAGUUGAGUAGGAAGGCUGGAGAGUCAACUGUUUUGCUGUAAUAAAAAUAUGAUAAACGAGUGCAGAGAAGAAAUCUUUGGGUAGGGAUUAAAAGGAUGGGUAGGGUUACAGCAAACCAGCAUUUAAGUUUAAACAUAAGAAUCAGCUGAUUUAAAAGCAAGUUUACAAUAUAACUUGGUUUCACCUAAUUUGUUAGUCAUUGUGUUUAGUUCUUGUUGUAAAUAACAUAAAGACUAAUGUGAAAAUAAUAAUAAAAUAAUAACAAGCCUACCCCCUAUACUGUAAGUAAAUCACGCAAUCCUUCAGUCACUGGCCUCUUCUUAAUAAUGCAAUCAAUCAGACUACAUAGGUUAGAAAUUUGUUAUCAUGCUGCUUUGGAACGCUACAAAUAUUUUAUUUUUGACAUGAAAAACAAUGGUUUAUAGGCCUAGUAUAUAUAGUAGGCCAUUCUGCUGUUUAUUGAGGAUCAUAGGACUAUGUUUUAUUGACUUAUUGCCUAAAAAAAGCCCAAAAAAAGAAGCUAUUUCAGAAUGCCAAAGUAUUUUAAAAGAUGCAACUUCUUUUGAUUCUCAUUGUUCUGGAAAUGAAAAUAAUCCUGCCUCUGUGAGCAUAUUAGCAGUUCUACGUUUGAUACUUUGUCUUUUAAAUGUGUGUUAGUUACCAAUCCCUGCUAGACAUCUACAUAUAAAAAAUUAUGCAGUAUAUAUUUUUUAGUACAUGAAAACCUGUGCUGUGACUGACCUCUUUCCACCGUGAUUGUAUUGCAUUUAUCGCCAGCCAGAUUAACACCCCUUUUUACAUCAUUAAAAUAGACCGCUGUUACUUAAAGGACUGUGUUUAUCUAAUCUGUCAGUAAAUUCAUAAGAUAUGUGUGUGUGUGUGUGUGUGUGUCUAUAUAUAUACAGUA